CGGGCAGAAUCAGCGAGGAGCCAGAUGUCGUAAGGACAGGGAGAAGCGAGUGGAAAAGUGCAGAAAAGUGCAGAAGGCUCGAGAAGAUGACUGAAGAGUCGAGGUUUUCGACGAAGCGAGAGGAGGACGAAGACGAGUGAUCCCUCGAGAUUGUUCAUGCCGCUGCUUCUGACGUGACGGGGUUCGAUCUAGCGCCAGGGCAAUUCUUCAUCGCGCUCAUACUUAAUGGGCAUCCCCAGCCCCAGAGGCACCAAAUCUGACAGCACGAAGAGUUGGAGAUCGAUCGGUGUUUAUCUCGAGGUUUUAUAGUCAUAGGUGUGCGAACGAUCGAACGAACGAGUCGAGGAUUUCUGCUCGUGGCGAUUCGGACGAGGAGGAGGACGAUUGUUCAGGGAAAGAAGGAGAAGAGCGCAGCGACGGUGUUCGGUCAUUCUUUGGAGAGGGCCGCGGUGUUGUUGUAGAUAGGGAAGGGAGCGAGCGAUGAAUCCAGAGCGCUUUACGCACAAGACCAACGAGGCCCUAGCUGCGGGUCAGGAGAUUGCGAUCAACGCAGGCCAUGCACAGUAUACGCCACUUCACUUGGCAGUUGCGUUGUUGCAGGAUCCGGACGGAUUGUUCAGCCAAGCCGUGAGUGCGGCCAGGGGCGAUGGAGCCGUGAGCUCGGUCGAGAGGGCGUUCAAUCAAGCGCUGAAGAAGAUUCCCUCUCAGUCCCCGGCCCCUGAUGAAGUUCCGGCAAAUUCUGCUCUCGUAAAGUGCAUUCGGAAGGCCCAGUCUUUGCAGAAGAAGAGGGGAGACUCGCAUUUGUCCAUCGAUCAGAUCAUUCUCGCCGUUCUCGACGACUCGCAGAUAUCGGAUUGUCUGCAGGAAGCCGGAGUUCAGGCCGCCAAGGUCAAGCAGGAGUUGGAAAAGGUGCGAGGUGGUGAGGGCAAGAAGGUGGACAAUGCGACUGGAGACACCAAUUUUCAAGCUUUGAAGAAGUAUGGGAGAGAUCUUGUCGAACAAGCAGGCAAGCUGGAUCCUGUAAUCGGCAGAGACGAGGAAAUUCGUAGAGUUAUUCGUGUCCUUUCUCGCCGAACCAAAAACAACCCUGUGCUCAUCGGUGAACCCGGUGUCGGUAAAACUGCCGUGGUCGAGGGUCUUGCUCAGCGUGUCGUUCGAGGAGAUGUGCCGAGCAAUUUGCUAGAUGUUCGUCUCAUUGCAUUGGACAUGGGAGCUCUGAUCGCGGGAGCAAAAUACAGAGGGGAAUUCGAAGAACGUCUCAAGGCAGUUCUGAAAGAGGUAGAAGACGCGGACGGGAAAGUCAUCCUCUUCAUCGACGAAAUUCAUCUCGUGCUCGGCGCGGGUAGGACCGAGGGUUCGAUGGAUGCCGCCAACCUUCUAAAGCCCAUGCUCGCCCGAGGCCAGCUUCGAUGUAUCGGCGCCACAACCCUCGACGAAUACAGGAGCUACGUCGAAAAAGAUGCGGCGUUUGAACGUCGGUUCCAGCAAGUGUUCGUUCCGGAGCCGAGCGUGCCGGACACAAUCAGCAUUCUGCGAGGGCUGAAGGAGAAGUACGAAGGGCACCACGGAGUGCGCAUCCUCGACAAGUCGCUCGUGGUGGCCGCGCAGCUGUCGAGCCGCUACAUAACGGGGCGGCAUCUGCCGGACAAGGCCAUCGACCUGGUGGACGAGGCGUGCGCGAACGUGCGCGUGCAGCUCGACAGCCAGCCCGAGGAGGUGGACGCGCUGGAGCGCCGGCGCAUCCAGCUGGAGGUGGAGCUGCACGCGCUGGAGAAGGAGAAGGACAAGUCGAGCAAGGCGCGCUUGGUCGAAGUGAAGCAGGAGCUCGACGAUCUGAACGAGAAGCUGCGGCCGCUGAAGAUGAAGUACCAGCGCGAGAAGGGGCGCGUCGACGAGAGCCGGCGCCUGAAGCAGAAGCGCGAGGAGAUCCUGCGCAGCAUUCAGGACGCCGAGCGGCGCAUGGACCUGGCGCGCGUGGCCGACCUCAAGUACGGCGCGCUGCAGGAGAUCGAGGAGAGCAUCGCGCAUCUGGACGCCGACAUCGGCGACAACAACAUGCUCACGGAGACCGUGGCCCCGGACCAGAUCGCCGAGGUGGUGAGCCGGUGGACGGGCAUUCCCGUCUCGCGCCUGGGCCAGAACGACAAGGCGCGCCUGCUGGGCCUGGCCGACCGCCUGCACCUGCGCGUCGUCGGCCAGGACGAGGCCGUGCAGGCGGUGGCGGAGGCCGUGCUCCGGUCGCGCGCCGGGCUGGGCCGGCCGCAGCAGCCGACGGGCUCCUUCCUGUUCCUGGGCCCGACGGGCGUGGGCAAGACGGAGCUGGCCAAGGCCCUGGCCGAGCAGCUGUUCGACGACGAGAACCAGCUCGUGCGCAUCGACAUGUCCGAGUACAUGGAGCAGCACUCGGUGGCGCGGCUCAUCGGCGCCCCCCCGGGCUACGUGGGCUACGACAAGGGCGGCCAGCUGACGGAGGCCGUCCGACGGCGGCCCUACAGCGUGAUCCUGUUCGACGAGAUCGAGAAAGCCCAUCCGUCCGUUUUCAACACGCUUCUGCAGCUGCUCGACGACGGGCGCCUCACGGACGGCCAAGGCCGCACCGUGAACUUCAACAACACGGUCAUCAUUCUCACCUCCAACCUCGGCGCCGAGCACCUGCUCGCCGGGCUGUCGGGCGAGCAGACCAUGACUGUGGCCAAGGACCAAGUGCUCCAAGAGGUUCGACGGCAUUUCCGACCGGAGCUGCUAAACAGGCUGGACGAGAUGGUGGUGUUCAGCCCGCUGUCGCACGAGCAACUGCGGAAGGUGUGUCGGAUUCAGAUGAAGGACGUGGCGAUGCGGCUGGCGGAGCGCGGAGUGGCACUGGCUGUGACGGACGCCGCGUUGGAUCUCGUGCUGACGGAGGCGUACAAUCCGAUCUACGGAGCUCGACCGCUGAGGCGGUGGCUGGAGAAGAAGGUGGUGACUCAGCUGUCCAUCAUGCUGAUCAACGACGAGAUCGACGAGAACUCCACCGUGUACAUCGACUGCAAACCCGGGGCGCGUGUUCUGACUUACCGGGUGGAGAAGAACGGAGGUUUUGUGAAUAGCGAGACAGGCGCCAAGGCUGACGUGCUCAUCAGCGUUCCCGCUCCAAAGAUCAACAGCUCGCCGCACCACCAGGUCAAGAAAAUGAAGAUUGAGGAGCCUAUGAUGGACGAUGACGACGAUGAAAUGGCGGAUUGAUAGAUUAUGAUGGCAUUCCACCGCAUCGCUGUUGUGCGCGGGCUUAUCGGUUUAAUGGUUGAUGGAGGCUUGCACCGCUGAAGCUCACGAGAUAACGAGUUGGAACAAGCUGCAGAAGCGCUGUCAACUUUCAUAUUGUAAGCUGCAAGCAGAAAAUGAGGAGCAGUCCCUCACAGUCGACAACGGUGACCACAUUAAAACUUGUGCUAGAGUUUGGCAGAAAAAUCGGAAAAUAGAUUCAUCAACAUUUUUGGCAUAUGAGCAGGAGCAUGUAAAUAUAAAAAAAUGUACAAUUUUUGCAUUUUGAUUUUAAUCCACAACUUUUGGCCAGGUUUCUGGCC